AUGCCGAUUGCAUACAUGUUUGAUGAGGAGGUUGGUCUCUUCCACUAUGGACCUAGACAUCCAAUGAAGCCGUUUAGAAUAGCUGUUACACAUUCUCUCGUGAGAUCGUUCGGCCUUGACAAGAAGAUGACUGUGCUUUGUCCACAGACAUACCCUCUCACGUAUCAUCCAAAAGAGUAUCUCGAAGGUCUUGGCACGAAUGAAACAUCAGACUGUCCAAACUUUAUUGGGCUUCCUAGGUUCUGUGAGCUCUAUGGAAGUGCAUCCAUAAGCUCUGCUAUGGUUCUUUCAGAAGGAGUGUACGAUACAGUGAUCAAUUGGAGCGGUGGAUUGCAUCAUGCUCAUAAAAACAUGCCCAGCGGAUUCUGCCACGUAAAUGAUAUUGUCAUGGCCAUUAUUGAACUGCUCAAGAAGUAUGAGAAGGUGAUGUACAUCGACAUAGACGUUCAUCAUGGUGAUGGAGUUGAGGAGGCAUUUUUAGAAUGCGACCGAGUCUUGAGUCUCUCGCUUCACAAGUAUGGUGAUGGGUUUUUUCCAGAGACUGGGACACUGAUUACUACGUCUCAUAAAGCCGUGAAUGUGCCUCUGCUGUCAGGCAUUGAUGAUGCAAGCUAUAAAUAUGUUUUUGAACCUAUUAUUGAUGCAUGCAUAAAUAAAUUUGUACCAGAUGUGAUUGUGCUGCAAUGCGGUGCAGAUUCACUUGGUGGUGACAGACUAGGAUGUUUUAAUCUGUCGAUAGAAGGACAUGCAUCGUGCGUAAGGUAUGUGAAAUCUCUUGGGAUUCCACUGCUUGUGCUUGGAGGUGGAGGAUACACCUUGACUAAUGUUGCAAGGUGCUGGGCGUAUGAAACAGCAGUGCUGUGUGGUGAGGAUCCGGCUACAGAGAUACCGGAAGACAAUCCAUUCUACACAUACUUUAGUCCCACAUACACGCUUGAUCCAGUACUUAGAAGGAAGUACUUGAACAGGAAUGAUAAGGAGUAUCUGGACACAGUUAUGAGUUUUGUACUUGACAAGGUAAGCAAGUUUUGA